CCGGGGCAAUUUUUGCCAGAUUCCAAAGGGGUACCAUCACCGAUUUCGGGUGAUUUUAUGGAAUGUCCAUUUUCCAUGGAUUUUGAAUGCGAUGGAUUAGAGAUUCGUUUUUAGGAUACUCUCCACCAACGAUGAAGUCUAGCAAUGGCCGAUUUGGUCGGAAAUUUGGUUGAAUUUUUUCGGAGGGCAUUUUCUUAAUUUUUAUGCGGUUUUUUCGGAAGACCAUUUUCUUUCGAUUUUGAAGGGUGCAGAUCACGUAUUCAGCCCGAGGCUAUUCUUUGGGGAUUAAUAAGUCUAUUAAACAGGAUUUCGGGCGGAAAACUUCCGGGGCAAUUUUUGCCAGUUUCCAAAGGGGUAACAUCACCGAUUUCGGGCGAUUUUAUGGAAAGUCCAUUUUCCUUGGAUUUUGAAUGCAAUGGAUCACAAAUUUGGUCUUAGGGUACUCUCCACCAACGAUAAAGUCUAGCAAUGACCGAUUUUGUCGGAAAUUUGGUCAACUUUUCCUGUGGGCAUUUUCGUAAUUUUUAGGCGCUUUUUUCGAAAGGCAAUUUCCUUCGAUUUUGAAGGGUGCAGAUCAUAGAUUCAUCCUGAGGCUAUUCUUUAGGGAUUAAUAAGUAUAUUAAACAGGGUUUCGGGCGGAAAAUUUCAGGGAAAUUUUUGUUACUUUCCAAAGAGGUACCAUCACCGAUUUAGGGUGAUUUUAUGGAAAGUCCAUUUUCCUUGGAUUUUAAAUGCGAUGGAUCACAGAUUCAGCCUUAGGAUACUCUCCACCAACAAUGAAGUCUAGCAAUGGAUGAUUUUUUGGAAAAUUUGGUCAAAUUUUUCCGGAGGGCAUUUUCGUAAUUUUUAGGCGCUUUUUUCGAAAGACCAUUUUCCUUCGAUUUUGAAGGAUGCAAAUCACGGAUUCAGCCUGAGGCUAUUCUUUAUGGAUGAGUAAGUCUAUUAAACUGGGUUUCGUGCGGAAAAUUUUCUGGGCAAUUUUUGCAAGUUUCAAAAGGGGUACCAUCACCGAUUUCGCACAAUUUUAUGGAAAGUCCAUUUUCCUUGGAUUUUGAAUGCGAUGGAUCACAGAUUCGGCCUUAGGGUACACUCCACCAACGAUGAAGUCUAGCAAUGGCCGAUUUGGUCGGAAAUUUGGUCGAAUUUUUUCGGAGGGCAUUUUCGUAAUUUUUAGCCGCUUUUUUCUCAAAGCCAUUUUCCUUCGAUUUUGAAGGGUGCAGAUCACAGAUUCAUCCUGAGGCUAUUCUUUAGGGAUUAAUAAGUAUAUUAAACAGGGUUUCUGGCGGAAAAUUUCCUGUGCAAUUUUUGUCAUUUUCCAAAGGGUACCAUCACCGAUUUCGGGCGAUUUUAUGGAAAGUCCAUUUUCCUUAGAUUUUGAAUGCGAUGGAUCACAGAUUCGGCCUUAGGGUACUCUUCAACAACGAUGAAGUCUAGCAAUGGCCGAUUUGGUAAGAAAUUUUGUCGAAUUUUUUCGGAGGGCAUUUUCGUAAUUUUUAGGCACUUUUUUCUAAAGGCCAUUUUCCUUCGAUUUUUAAGGGUGCAGAUCACGGAUUCAGCCUGAGGCUAUUCUUUAGGGAUGAAUAAGUCUAUUAACAUGGUUUCGGGCGGAAAAUUUCCGGUGCAAUUGUUGCAAGUUUCCAAAGGGUGUACCAUCCUGCAUGAGGGGUGUACAAAGAUAAAUAUGUUCUGUUCGGAUACUGGCGAAUGGACGAAGGACAUUCUUGUUCUUCGUGAGCAUUGUCAAUUUUCAACCAGAAAUGUGGGUUUCCUGCAACGGGGAGGUGUUUUGGUGUUAUGGCGUUCCAAAUCAAGAGCCUUUUUCAUUGCUGCUUUUAAUCCUUUCCAUCCUGAUAUACCUCCCACUGCUAUUGAACCUCCACUAGUCUUUGGGAAACCGGGGUGGGAUGUUGGUGUCUCACAAGGUGCCUUGCACAUAAUUGUAUUUGAAGAUCGAAUUGAACCGGGUCGUUCACAGAUUACAUUGAGCGUGUGGAGACUGGAAGAUGACCGUAAAUCUUGGGGAAAAGUAUGUGACGGGUCAAUGAAGGGACCAAGGUUGUGUGAACUUCGCACGAACCUUCGACCUUGUUUGCAUCCAGAGAAGCCGCAAGUCUUGUACCUCCGUCAUUCUGAUGGUUCUGGUGAUAUUUAUGCCUUGUCCUGCGAUUUGGGGGGCAGGGGGAGAGCUGGAGCUCUUCGCCAAAGUAAGAGGAUUCUUCAGUUAUUGGUAUUUGUUCCGAUCUGAUAUCCCUUGCUGGUCAACUUCAAUUCCUAGGUACAAGCAAUUGCGAGUUAUGUAUGAUGGAAGCUACAACUGUUGGUUUCAGAGCAACAACGAACCGGCAACAACUCCUCCAAUAGCUGGCAAUUACUUUGCCUGGCACUCACUUUUGCCUGUGAAUCGCUGACAAGUGACAAGGUAAGGUAUGCAGUAAUGAAAAUAACUAGGAAUGCACGAUUCUGAAGAUGAGAGAGUCAGAAAGAAUGAUGUUAGCCAUGUUAGGACUAAGACAGCCUAGAGAGAGAUGUUCUAUUGUAUUCUUCUCUCAUGUGUUUUUUUUUUUUUCUGUGGCCUGCUUUCUAAUCAUAUAUCCCGUCACUUUUAUGGGGUGCUGAAGCAACAGAAGAAGCGGAGGAUGAUGAAAGGUUCAGAGGUCCUAAAAUGGCGGUCGCCGUAGACCGUAGUAACGGUGGGUCUGGAAAGUGGCGGACACAAUUCGGUCCGGUUCCAAAACCAACCCGCAGGAAACUCAAUCGGAGUGAAGUUGAAAUUAUCAUUGCUAAGCCCACCCAUAUUCGAAGAGGAGUGCCUGUCUAUGGUAAGUCUGUAGCCAUCUGAAAUGUUUUCCAAAUAUGAGCCACAGGCUAUUGGGCCAGAGCCGGCAGAGGAUAGAGUCAGUAACCAAUAGUUACUGACCUGUCAGUAUUAAAUCCGGACCGUAGAUUUAGGGAUGACAUUAUUAUAUGGUUGGACUGCAAGCGGAGUGAGGAGGGGCAUUUGUGUCCGAUUUUUUGAUUUUGAUUUCUUUCCUUUUUUUUUUCAGAAUUUAUAUGUUUGUCUUUUAAUGGAGGAAAGAGAGAAGAAGACUUCUCUCUUCCUCUCACUUUUCUCUUUCUCUCUUCCUUUCUCUCUUCCAAAUUCCCUUUUCCAGAUCUAAAUCUCCUUUCUUCCUUGUUCUUCAUUUUUUUCUCCAACAAUCGAUGAAGAAAUUGCAGCCUCCCACCUCAAAUUCGGUGACGCUCCAAAUCCUUCUUCUCUCAAGCUGCUCCUUCCUUAUGUUUUUUUCUUUUCUCAGCCUCAAAAUCGAUGAUGCUCCAUAUUGUCAAAGAGGGGCUAAAAUACCUUGGAUACCACUUAAGUUUCAGAAUUGGGGCAUGCAUACCACUUAAGUUUGAAUAGGGCGUCGGGUACCACUGAACUUUAUUAUUUGUGCACCCGGUACCACUUAAGUUUAAUGUUAAGUGCAUUCCGUUAAAGUUAACAGAAUAUUCUUGGAAUAUUCUGUUUUCUAAAUUUAUUAAUUGGUCCUUCUACUUUUCUUAUUGUAAAAAAUCAUUUUGACUUAUGAAAAACAUCAAUUUUUAUUAUUUAAUUGGUAUCCUCUUUUGAAAACUUGAUACCAAAUUAAUUUAUGAAUAGAAAAUUUAAAAUCAAUAUUAUUAUAAGUAUUUUCAAUUAUUAUUAUGUUUUCUAAUAAUUGAAUUAUUCUCCUUUUUUUUUUUUGAAGAUUUUGAUAACAAACCAAUUUUUGAAUAGAAAAUGUACAAUCAAUUAUCAUUAUAAGUACUUUAAAUUACCAUUAUGUGUUAUAAUAAUCGAAUAAUUUGCUUAAGCAAAUAUAUCCUAUGAAUUCUAUAUCGAUAUAAAUAUAUGAGGAUGUUAUAUUUAAUUCUCGUACAUCAUUUGGAUGUUGUAUAAUUUUCUUGGUUACUUUCGUUCUAUUUUCGUUCGAAAUUUUCUUCAAUUACUGUAAUAUGUUUAAUUCUUUCUAACUAUGUUCCAUUUAUCAUUCUUUGGUCUUGAUGUAUUGAUGAUCGAUUAGAUUCUAUUUUAACUAUGUUUAAUGCUACUUCUUAUCGGAUUAGUGAUUUAAAUAGAUCUUCUAAUAUUGA